AUGUCUGCAGACCCUCGACGUGCUCGCCUCCUGGCGCGAACACAAACGCCACAACCUGUUCAACCAACACCACAACCUCCGCCCUCUUCAAUUCAAGCCCCUCCCCCUUCCACGGCGACUGUUCCGACAGAACAGAUUCAUUCUCAAGUCCCCUCUCCGACAGGCCUCGACGGCAGCAUUGAUCCAUCCACACCACCCUCCACAACAACGCAGGCGACCCUCGCACCUGCUGCUGCGACAUCUCCUUCCCCGGCCACUUCUACACAAGAUGAAAUACCCUUUAAGCUCAAGUUUUGCACGGUUUGUGCCUCCAACAACAAUCGCUCAAUGGAAGCUCAUCUUCGUCUCUCCACCUCGACGCACCACUACCCAGUCAUCUCCUUCGGCACAGGUAGCUACGUCCGCCUACCCGGCCCCUCUAUCUCACAACCUCAGGUCUACAAUUUCAAUACUACCUCCUACACAAAGAUGUACGAAGAACUCAACGCGCAAGAUGCGCGGCUUUAUCGAAACAAUGGAAUAUUAAACAUGCUUGACCGAAACAGGAAGAUUAAAUGGGGACCCGAGCGGUUUCACGAUUGGAUCGUUGGCGCAGCCAGGAUGGAAGCCUUGAAUCGCGGCGACAAAGGUGCUGAAGGAGCGGAGGGCGGUGUUGUAGACGUGAUCUUCACCUGCGAGGAACGAUGUUGGGACGCCGUGGUGGACAACUUACUCGACCGUGGGGCCCCUUUAAAUCGGCCUGUUCAUGUCUUCAACAUUGAUAUUAAGGAUAACCAUGAAGAAGCGCUAGUCGGUGGUGGAGCGAUUCUUGAACUGGCCGAUAGCUUGAACGAGGCGGCCACCCAAGAGAGACAAAUAAGCGGCACCCAGGGGUGGGAGAAUGGGACCGGGGCCGCGAGGAUGAGCUUUGACGAGAAGGUUCCUGAAAUUCUUGCUAGAUGGCAGGAACGCUGGCCGAAUUUACCAGCCUUGUGGACCUUGUCGUGGUUCUAG